AUGGACGCCCUAACCCCCAAGCAAAAGACGCGACUUCACGAGGUCGCCGACCUGAUGCUCACCAUCUUCCAAACGCUCGCCCGCAUGCGCUACCUCGAGCCCGAAUGGAUCGAGCCCGGCCCGCACGACCUCGGCGCGCUGAUGCCGCUCUACGCCUCCCUCGACAUCGACCCGGCCAUCGUCUACCUGUACACCAUCCUGCCCUACCUCAAGCCGCGCGUGGCGGCCGGCGUGCACUUCUUCCACGGCGGCGACUACAUCGACUUCCGCGACGAGGAGCACGCCGUGCAGGGCCGCGACCCCAUGCACGACAACGACCCGGCGCUGGCGCUGCGGCCGUGGAUGACGCCGCUGUCGCGCGUCAGCAAUCACCGCACCGCGCUGGUGUACGACGCCAGGCGCCAUGUGGUGGGUGUCUAUGCCCAGAUGGAUUGCGGCAGCUCGGAUCCGAACUUGUAUGAGGGCGUUGUCUUCUCGAGGGAGAAGGGGGAGCGGGAGUACGUCAAGAGACGCGAGGACGGAACGGAGGAACUCUGCGAUGUGGCGGAGUGGGAGAGGCAGGCGAAUGGGUGGGGUGAUGGCAGCGAGGAUGGCGAUGAUGAUGACAAUGAGGACGAGGACGACGAGAAUGAGGAUGAGGAUGAUCAGAAUGACGAUGAGAAUGACGACGACGAAGAAGAAGAAGAAGAAGAAGAAGAAGAAGAAGAAGAAGAAGAUAUCAAUGACUGGGACGAGAUGGACGCUCGGAAGGCUGGUAACGUCCUGCGAGAUAUAAUCCGUUGGUACCACGAGCUGUUCGAGAUCCCAGGGGGGGGUGAGAACGAUGGGUGUACGUGGGACAAAGAGCUCGUGGGACCGAUAUAUCGCAAACACGGCUGGCCUGGCGAGGAGUUUGACGGGGACGCCUUCCUUGUGGACAAAGCCCGUGCUGAGGCUGCUAGGUCAGUCAAGGAAGAUGCAGAGCGGCCAUUAAAAGAACUCAAAAUGCUCAGGUAUAAGUUGGAGUGCCACCGGGAAAGGGAGGAGUCGGCUAUGCCGGAACGGCAAAGGAAACUAGCGGCCGCAACAACUCUCGACGAGGAGUGGGUUGUUCGGUGGGAAAUCUGGCAGGUUGAACGGACGAUCCAAAACCUGGAAAACAAGAUCAAAAGAUCAGAAGACUCAAUAGGCCCGAGCGGGAGCCGCUUGGCCGCGGAGGAUCUGCCACUGUUGGAACUUAACAAAGUGCAAACCAACUUUCUAGAUACAAAAGCACGAUUGGAAAGGUUGAAGAUGGCCACUCUUGAUCCUCGGAUGACAGAGGACGAAAUCCGCUCCACCGAGAAAGAAACCGCAAUUUACGAGAAGGCAUACGCCGCCAGUUUGGUUGACGCAGAGCGCCUCUGUCCCGGCAGGGUUCCCCCAUUCGGGUCGAGGAUCGAGACCAGCCACAAAACGUGGCUGACGACAAGAAUCGUGGAUACAGAGGCGGAUAUUGCAGAGGUCCGAAUCUGGAUUACACAACUCCCGGAUGGCGCCAUUGAAGCGAGAAAGUCAGCUGAAGAACACGCCGAGCGGUUGGAGAUGGACGUCGGGAGGUGGUCAAGAGCGCGCCAGACCUAUAUCGAUACGAUAGAGAAGCUGCGGAAAGAAAAUAUACGUCUACGGUACACCUACGGUCCACCUACGUCGACCAUGGCCCGAUCAGCUUUCCUGGCCUCAGCACUCGCCCUUCAGGCCGCCACUGGCGCCUACGCCGCACCCGGUACGAGGUUGAGCACGAGGGCAGUUCGCCGCGACGAGCCUCCGGUUUUCGAUGCGAAGCCCUUCCCCGCGGGCAACGGCACGGACGAACCUUAUGUCCCUCCGCAUGUGGACUCGCCACACUUCCGUCUCUUUCUCGGCCCAGCAAGCGAGGGGGGUGCCGCGGAGGGGCUCCAACCCCUCGAGGCAGCCUACGACUGCUUUGUCGGCGAGCUUGGCUGGAACUCGACGGGUCUCUCCAUCAACGACCCCAGCGAGCCGUACUGGAAGACCGAAUUCUUCCUCCAGGCACAGAUAGCCGACGGCUUCGGCGGCUUGACCCACUACGGCACGUCCACGGGGCGGGCCUGGGUGCAGCUGCUGGACGGCGAGCUGCACUCACCGAGCCUGACGGUGCACGAGCUCGGCCACGUGCUGCACUUCCACCAGGGCAGCAGCUUCUGGGGCGGCAUGGUGAACGCGCAGGCGUGGGCCGAGGCCGUGGCCAACUGGAUCGCCGACACGUACCUGACCUCGGACCUCUGCGCGGCGUCCCGGGCCAAGUUCGGCCAGCCCGCGGGCGAUUCCGUCUUCCGCGUCUACAGCACCGUCGGCGACUCGCACCUGACCAUCGUCGACGCCACCAACAGGCAGGUGGGCAACCACUACGAGGCCUGGCCAUUCUUCCACUACCUGGUCGCCAACCCGGACAGCUGGCAUGGGCUCGGGCGGGACGCGAUGCUCGCGCUGAUCCGCAGCACGGCGGCGGCGGGCUCCGAUGACGACGACACGCCGCUGCACGCGCUGCAGCGCGUGCUGGGCGGCACGGCCUCGGUGCGCGACGUCGUGGCCCGCUACUGGGCGCGCAUGGCGUACGUCGACAUCGCGCACCCGCAGGCGCAGCGCAUCUUUCAGGAGAACAAGGCGUUCCUGAACCAGGCCAACUUCGACAAGGUCGCCGAGGGCCGGUAUACGGUCAAGAGCGACCGCGCGCCCCGGUACAUGGGCGCCAGCAUGGCGGUGCUGGUGCCGGCGGCGGCGGGCGGCGGGAGGGUGGCGGUCGACGUCACGACGGCUGAGGCGGGGGCGCCGUUUGUGGCCACGCUGUCGGUGCGUGAUGCGGCGUCCGGGAGCGUUCGCUAUGUGGCGCUCGCCGACGACGGCACGGGGUCGGUCGACGUCGCGGCCGGGGAGGAGGCUACCUUGGUCGUGGUCAACGCGCCCGAGGGGCUGCUCAAGUACGACGGGAGGAGCCUGGCGGGUAGUGAGGCGAAUAAGGGGCUCGGCUACUCCUUUACGGUCACCGGUGCGACGGUUUCUAUGUAUUAG